AAGUUAAAAUAAUUCGACGUAAAAUAAAUCAUUGUUAAAUUAUGCUCAUCGAUUGGCAAAUGGCAAUAUCUCAUUCCUCUCACUAAAAAAAAAUGCAAUGCAGAAAGCAGAAAUCGUAUGCGCUGAUGCAGGAGGAGAAGGAUUUUGCAGACUUCACAAACGGCCCUUUGUUAGGACGUUUCGACGCUGUUGGUUUCUCUGACUACACGAGGUAUUACGAGAAAAGUAAGCGAGAUAAAGAGGCACGUUUAUUGGCUGAAGAAGUACAAAGAAUGUCAUUUCGGAGAGAUGAACCACCAACCGUUUGCCAAAAACCUUUUCAGUGGCCGAAAGAAAAUAUUAAAAUACCAUUGCCAACUCAAGAAACCGCUACAUCAUCUACUUUGAAUCCAUCAAUGAAUUCAGAAUUUAGUUUUGCGAGGGGCAGAAGUAUUGCAGCCAUAAAAGAACAUUUUAAUUCACACCAAUCUAGGAAGCCUUCUGCAGAAUUGUUGAAACAAUUUACAACAAAUAGUAAUUCAUCUUCUCUUAGAGCAAAUUCUUUGCCACAUUCAAGAUUUAAUUUCAAUACUCCUGAUGAAUAUGCUGAUUAUCCCUCAAUGCUAAAUACCAAUCUGAAUUCUCAGUAUCAUGUUCAGCAGCCAAUAUCCAAGAACCAAGACCCAAAGAAAACAGUAGGACAAGAAAACAAGAAAACAAACAAUGACACGUCUGAAAACGUGGCUUCAAAGCCUAUGCCAAUGUCAUUUUUACCUGCUGGUAUGCUAACUUCAGCCAAACCAAUGGAACGUCUAAGGAACUACACUCGAAAGGAAGAAAAACUCAGAAGACCAGUUGCAGAGAGUAUCAAGCAGUGCGACAGAUCACAACCUGCUCAGGGUUUGCCAAAUUUCUUUUCAACAGAAAAAGUGAAUUUGAUCAGGGAGGUACCUUCAGAUAGUCAGAAAUCUCAGCCUAGCCCACCUGUUGCUGCUAGUGGUUCAGUUUUGUAUAUUUUGAAAAUGAAUCGCCGGGCAUUACUCUUGAAGAGCGCUCUUGAACGAUCUAAAUCUAAAUGUUUGAAAAAAGAAGUGAUUGAAAAAAGCUGUUUUCCACACUUGCCGACCAUAUCUCCCUCAAACGAUAUCUCCCAACAGAUUCCGCCAAUUCAUGAAAACGACGACAUGACAGAAUUGUUGCAAUUGGCAUCGGCUUCUACUGAAAUCAAGUCAUCCUCUUCCUUUAUUAAAGAAAAUGUACCUAAUAUGCUAAAACUUUCUAAACUAGCAGAGUUAAUAGAAGAAGGUCGCGUGCUUGUUCGUUCUGAUGUUCCCCAUUCAUCAACGCAUAACUUCAAGGAUUUCCCUUUUGAUAUAAGGAUUCAUGAAGUGCUUAACUCCAUGUCUUUUGAGAAACCAAAGACCAUACAAGCCUAUGUGUGGGAAGCAAUCUUGCGUGGUCACAAUGUGGCUUUUGUCGCCGGAGCAAGAGGAGGAAAAACUUUAGGCUACCUGAUACCUAUACUGAAUAAUUUGAUGGACCUGAGUGAAUACAGCGAUGUGCCAAUCGGCUGUUCGCCUUUGGUUGUUGUCAUUUGCUCUUCAUGGGAAAAUGCCGAGUUGGUCCAAUUUUAUUGCUCUCGCAUUAUGAAGAAAAAUUCGGAUUUCCGUUCCGCUGUUUUUACUGAUGCUACCGAACGAUCACUGAAAGUGGCUCUGCCUUAUUUAAUCAAUGGAGUGACUUUGCUUGCCGCCACGGCACCUGCGCUCAAUUUGCUGUUAACAAAAGCUAAAGAUAUCAUUAGUUUUGAUAGAUGCUGUCACCUUGUGUUUGACGAUGCUGACGUCGUGCUUAAAGAACAUGGAGAAUCUACAAAAAAACUGUUUAAUUUUUAUCAAGAAUCUGUUCAACGGGCAACCAUGGGAAAUAACUUUAUUCCUCGACAGAUUGUGGCCUGUGCUAACCAUUGGACAAAAGGAAUGGAAGAAAUCUCUAGUAAAGUUUUGAAAAACCCCUCAAUUUUUAUAUCUUCGUGUAUGGAGGCUGCUAUUUAUGGAGGAAUGAAACUCGAUGUUCGCCGUGGAACCCCUGAAGAAAUGGACCGCGAUCUGUUGGAAAUUGUCCAAUCAAAACGAUUCAGUCGGACCAUUAUCUUUUGUCGUGGAUCUGCCGAAGUCUUCAAAGUUGAACAAAUGCUGUCAGAGAUUGGCGCGACACCCAUCUUAGCUCACAAUCAAUCUAUCGUGUCCGAUUUAGAUUUUACAACCGAAAGGUGGAACCAUGCUCAGCCUGGUUCUGCUAUUCUAAUGUGCACAGACGAUGUUUUAGAGCGAUUGAACAUAAAAAAUGCACAAACUCUAAUUCACUACUUUAUACCACACCAUUCCAAGUACGAUUUUAGUUACCGCCUGUCAUUCGCUAUGGAUAACUUCCACUUGAGAGCUUCGGAAGCUGAUAGACCAGAAACUCAUCUGCUUAUUACAAAAGAGUUUAAUAACUCUCUUCUGACGAUCGUACGUUUAAUGCAGCGCUUUGGGCACGUUGUUCCUGACGAGCUAGCAACUGAAGCUAUACUUUCUUUCUGCGGUAAAGAAGUUCGAAAAAGAAGUCUUCCUUUGUGUGAAACUCUCAAGGCAUUUGGAUUCUGUCGAAAUAUGAAGCUUUGUGGACUCCGUCACGUUAUUCUGUCAACUUUGGACCAACCUGUUGUUCCACAGAACGGCAUUGUUCGUAUUCGGAUUACAGCUGUCCGCACUGCAACACAAUACUACGCUCGGAUUUUGAAGCAUCGAAACGAAAAAAAUCAAGUGAUCGAUAUGAGUGGAUCGCAUUUUGAAGUCAGUGCUCAGUUACGAAAUCAUUUUCGUGAUGAGGCACAGCGAAAGAACUCAGUUGAUGGAAAUAAAGUUGAAAUUGGAAAUAUUUACGCUCAUCGAACCACUGACAACCUUUAUGAACGUGUUCGCGUUGAAUCUAUACUUGAAAGAGAUCACCAAGGAAUUCCGAUUGAAGUCACUGUAAUUUCUAUUGAUCAAGGUUGUGUAAUGUCAUCCUUCGUCAAAGAUCUGUAUGAAAUUCCAGACGAUUUAAAGAAUUUGGCUCCAGAAGCUAUUGAAGUUUUUCUAGUAGGAGCUAAGCCAUUUGAUCGUAACUCAAAUUGGAGCCGUUACUCAGUUGAUUUUGUUCGGGAAAAACUGAUGAGUAAAGAGUUGGAAGGCCGAAUUGUAUUGGCUUUGUCAUUCACUUUAUGGCUAGACCCAUUACAUGAGAGAAAGCGACUGGAUGGCGUGAAUUCCUCUGUUGUUGUGACGGACAUUCUUAAAGAUCUUUUGACAGCAGAGUUGGCAGACAACAACGAGGAGCAUUUGGUAAAGCUGUAUCACUUGUGCGAGACUGGAGGUAUUGAAUUACCGAAUUAUAGCUUUGGAUUGGCUAAAAAUAAAAGCGCAAAUCCUAUCGAACCGUCGUAUGCGUUCCUCCCAAUGAAUGAAGAAACGCAAGUUGAGUUAGUCACCACUGAUUCUCCACACCAGUUUUAUGUUACAAUCAAUAAAUUCCAGGAUACCUUGAGGUCUCUGGAAGCUGAUAUCAAGAAACAAAUAUCUAAAUGCAAAAAUGUGACAUAUGAAGAUGCGCAACUGGGAAGUUUUUGUCUCGUGGAAUCCCCUUCAGAACCUGGAUCGUGGUGCCGGUGCUGCAUAAAGAAGAAAAUAGUUGAAGAUGACGUGUGGAAAUUCCAAGUCUUGUUCGUAGACUAUGGAGAUCAUACAAAAGUUCCUCUAAAUGCAAUGAAAAGUUUACCUAAUCAGUUCAUCAGCCGUUUACCAUUUCAAGCUAUUGCUUGUUCAUUGUAUGGUGUUGGACCCAAGAAUGACAGCGGUGGAUGGACGGAAGAAGACAUUUGUUUUUUCACAUCACUCACGCGAGCCUCCGAUGGAUUUAUGCAUGUGUGGCAUGCCCAGACGAAGUUCAAGGAAGCAGUCAAGGAUGAAGUGACAAAUGGCUCGCACUAUCAUGUCACUCUCUUGAAUCGAGAAGAAAAAGAAAUACCCAGUCUAGCACAACAAAUGAUCUCGAAAAAUUACGCCAUUUCCCUGGAAAAUGAAGAAGACUUUCGUGCAAUCGUACGUAGUUCAGCUACGUUGAUGAAAGACAUUGAAGAGAAAGAAUUGAAGGAUAGAGCUUGUGAAUCACUGCAGCAGUUGGAAUAUGAAGAGGAAUUGAAAUUUGAUGUUUCACCUGGUUGGAUUGAACUGUUCCCAAAAUGCCCGGAGAAUAACGAGAUCCAAGCAAUUUCGACUUCCUGCUCCUCCAACACUGAUUCUUCAGGAACUAUUUCAACGUCGAAAAAGAUGCCUACAUUUCAGCAGACUGUUGGUCGGGAUCAUAAUUUAGCUCUUAUUGACCACACAUUACCUCUAAAAGAAAAUUCGAGUCGAUUUCCUACCACUAAAUGGGCACAAAGUGAACAGGAUGUCAUAAUUACGUUUUUCGUCGAUCACGUUAAAGAAUAUAGUCUUGAGCUUACGGAAAACCAUUUGAGCUUCGUGACUGAUGUAAAUGGUUUAAGAUAUGAAUUAAACACAAGCACAUAUGGUUAUAUCAUUCCGGAAAUAAGUUGCCAUUCCCUUGUUGGUUGCGGGGUUAAAGUAACGCUCCGUAAGCAAGAAAUAGGCGCAAUGUGGACCCGAUUUAUCCAUUCCCCAUUAAAUCAACCUUGGCUAACUCGCGACUUCAGUUAUUGGUUGGACAAUAAUGUUUCCGAUGAUGAAGAAAAAUUAGAGCCAAUUGUGGAUCCAAAAUACGCAUUCGACGAAAACCAAUCUGAAUCAUCAUCAAGCGGUUCAGAUGAAGAGUGUUGUGAUGAAAAGUGGCUAGGUGAAGAUGAUUGAGAACGACUGCUUGGAACGGUCAUACGACAAUCUAGUUUCGAAGAUACUCUAUAAUUUUGUUCGCUCCAUCUGAUAUUAGAGGUUUCCAAGGGUAACCCUUUUGUAUUCAUGCAUUUGAAUUGUGUUAGAAGAGCCUUGAGGUAUCAUACAGCUAAUUUUUUUUCUAUCUUCAGUCGUUUGUGAUUUGAUGCUGCGCCCUACGUUUUCCCUCGACUGUAUGGCUAGAUCAUCUUUCCUACUACAAUAAAAUCCAUUUUACUACAUA